AGCAAACUACCCAAAGUGAAAAACGAGCUGGAUCCACUACUGUUCAUCUGACAAGAGCUCUUGACUCUUGUUUGGAAGAUUGCUCUCCAGGUCUGACGCCAGAAAGUAAUUUGUUAACAGUAGGUCACAAAUAAACGUGUUUGAUACGCGUUGCUUUACGUAACUCGUUGUCUUGCUCCCACACGAGAACUAUGGCAGACAGGUCCCCCAGUCCUAGGCCGUAUGUGGAUGCUUCUGCAUCGAAAGAUAGCAUUCGCUCCGGUAGUGACGACCGUCGUGAACGAAGUCGUAGACACUCAUCGCAUGACGAUCAUGGAUCACCUGAGCGCAGUCGUUCAAGAUCACCUCGCCGAUCGCGCAGCCCAAUCAGCUCCUCUCGCCGCCGCUCGCGAUCAAACUCUCGCUCUCCAAGACGCCGUAGUAGAUCGCGCUCCUAUCGCAGCCACAGCCGGUCCCCAUCGCCUCGCUACAGAACGCGCAGGUCUCGUUCAGCUGACCGCGCUCCGUAUCGUGGCCGUGGUGACAGAUACAAUCCUGAACGGUGCCGAUGCCUGGGUGUGUUUGGUUUGAGCUUCAUGACCUCUGAGAGAGAUCUGGCAGAUAAGUUUGGCAAGUAUGGACACAUCACAGAUGUACAGUUGAUCUACGACCGACAUACCAAUCGCUCCCGAGGAUUUGGCUUUGUCUACUUCGAUAGGGAAGAGGAUGCCGCUAAGGCCAAGGAGCGAACUAACGGAAUGGACUUUGAUGGUCGGUGUAUUCGAGUAGAUUUCUCUAUCACCAAGCGUCCUCACACUCCCACUCCCGGUGUUUACAUGGGAGAGCCCGCAGGGCGACGACGCAGAAGGUCCCCUUCUCCGUACCGCCGGCGUCGAUCUCCGUCGUAUCGCCGUAGCCGCAGUCCCGAUUCGCCCAGAUUCAAUCGUCGUAGGAGAUCACCGUCGGAGGAUCGCCAUCGCCGCCGUCGCAGUCGCUCACGCUAAUAUCACCCCUAAGGUUUUGGCCAGAUUCUGCUGGUCCGCUAUGUUCAGUGUGUCCGCAUCGAAAAGUUCCUGGCAUUGCUGUGCGAUGAUUUCUUGCCAGUACCACCACUGCCACACCAGCAACGGCAGUGAUGUGUAUAUGUGUGCCAGCUGCAGUAGUUAAAGAAGUGUUAGUGGAGAUGGCGGUGGUGCUGAUAAUGCCAUAACAGCUGCAUCAGCUGCAGAGGUAGUCCAGUCCAUGCCUGAGUGCAGUAAACCUUUGAGUAUUCCGCUCCAAGAUAUACAGACAUGGUAUGCUACGUUUAAGCUGCUCUCUUUCUAGUAGUUAGGUUUUGUACUACCUACAUGUACAUGUAUAUGUAAUCUAGGUCUGUGUUCGCCUCUGGCCUCUGCCUUCUUUUCUUUCUAUGAGUGCCUAUAGUUUAGCGUGUGUGUGUGUGUGUAUGUGCAUGUGUGUGUGGGUGUGUAAGUAUGUAAGUGUAUUUGGUGAUGUUUCUAAGGACUGUGUCUAAGUUUUCUAGUGCUACGUUUUGUUUGGUCAGUUACGGUACAUUCCAGAAGGCUCACUCUUCUUAUGUGAUUAUGUGAUAGUGUGUUUCAAGUUCUUGAACGGAAUGAUCACUUGUUGCACCUGA